AUGGCGCCGGGCGAGGCGCAGCCCGGACUGGGGGCUGUUCCGCGGGGUGGUGCCGGGCCUCAGGCGGCCGCCGCUAGAAAGCAGCGCGCCUCCGCCCGGAAAAAGGCGUUCUCCUUGUUUGUCAAGGCGAAAGAGGUGCCGGCCGCCUGUCCGGGUGGCGGGGCGGCCGUGUGGUGGAGGUGCUGCCGGCAGACGUUUCGCGAGCGCCGCGGCAUCCACCGGCACGUAGGUACGCAGCAUGGCGGGGACAUCGAACGGCAGGCGACCGGGCCCGGGACCGCCGGCAGGGCGGUGUCCGCUGAGCGGGUGGGAGGACGGGAUUGCGGAGAGCUCUGCGAGGCGCUGCCCGACACCAGCGGCCUCCACCGUGAGGAGCUGACCAGCAAGGUGGGAGAAGUACUUCUGUAUUACUGCUACUGUGAGGUGAAGGAUCCAGAGAAACUCUGUGCUUGGCAAAAGGCUCUCUGCCAGCAUCUGCAUCUCACUGGCAAGGUACGAGUUGCUUCAGAAGGAAUUAAUGGAACAGUUGGUGGAAGCAAAGUAGCUACCAAUCUCUACAUUGAAGUUAUGCUUGCUCAGCCUCUCUUCAAAGACAUUUUGUGUCGAGAUGAUUUCAAGAGUAGUGCAGGAGGAGCUCACUGUUUCCCAGAUCUUCGAGUUGGAGUAUUCAAAGAAAUUGUACCACUGGGCAUUGAUCCUAAAGAAGUCUCUUACAAAGAAACUGGAAUCCAUUUAACCCCUCAGGAAUUUCACAGAGAAGUAGAACGUUAUCUGUCUCAGUCCAGUCAAGGACAAAGUGAUACCAUCUUGCUGGAUUGUAGGAACUUCUAUGAAAGUAAAAUAGGACACUUCCAGGGCUGUCUAGCUCCAGAUAUCAGGAAGUUCAGCUAUUUUCCCAGCUACAUUGAUGAAAACCUGAAGCUGUUCAAAAACAAGCGUGUCCUGAUGUACUGCACAGGAGGCAUUCGUUGUGAAAGAGGCUCUGCUUACCUGCGGAGCAAGGCAGUGUGCAAAGAGGUCUACCAGCUAAAAGGUGGAAUUCAUAAGUACUUGGAGGAAUUUCCAGAUGGCUUCUACAGGGGAAAGUUGUUUGUAUUUGAUGAUCGUUAUGCCAUUUGUUCCAAUGAAGAUGUCAUCUCAGCAUGCAGAUACUGUGGGACGCUGUGGGACCAGUAUAAACUCUGUUCCAGCCAGCACUGCCGGCAGCUUGUCCUGACGUGUCUGAGUUGUCGCAAGAAAGGUCUCACAGCUUGCUGUCCUCUUUGUCAAGAGAAAGAGCUUCAGGCGACCUCAGGGGCUCCAGGACAGGCACUAAAGGAGGAAUGUGAAUGUACAAAGAGGCGGCCAAGGGUACCCAUUGAACAUAUCUCACAAGGGACACGGGGCACAGGAGAAGAUUAAGCUGUUUCAUUAGCCGAUCUGACACUCACGCUUCUUUGAAGGGCUUCUAAAACCAAAUCUCUCUCUGUUACUCAACUGGAUUACUAAGAAAUCACAAGUCUUUUAGCUUGGAAAGUCUUGUUUAUAACUCACUUUAAUAUCCUGAAAAAAAGUGCGUUACUUGAACAUAUACACCGGAGUGUACAAUCUAUUACUAGUGCUACUGGAUUCCUCUCCCUGUCUAGUCUUGUAGCCAGACCUCUACCUUGGGGAUUUUGCAGCAGAGGUUGUGUGAUGGGACACAGCUGCUCACAAUUUGAAACAAACUGAAGGGACAAAAAAAAAAAAUCCACUGUUCUUCUUCCAUGAUGGUGGAUCUUUCUGACCUCUCCAUUAAUUAUGUAUUUGCUGUAAUAGACAGUGCAAGCAUUAUGAAGACUGCAGAUUUAUGAGUAUCUGGCUAAAUCACCAGAUUAGAGUUGAAGGUAUUUUCCACAUACAUACCCAUCUGCACCUACCUCUUGCUUUACAGUAGUAAGAAGCAAAGGGUAGUGACAUGAAGUCACAGAUUUAAUCCAGCAUAAAAGCUUGAAAGCAGAGUAAGGAUCCCUGUCACAACUGCAGCAAAGGCAGAGGACAUGCAUUGCACAUAGGUACUGUCUGCCCAGCUGUACUUGCUUAUGAAGUGUGGUAUGGCCAGCAGAAGUGAUUCUCAUUUUGAUGCUUUUGUCUGCUGUUUAAUCCCUUUGCUUGUGAGUAAGUGAAAUAUCCACAACUCAGCUCUGCUUGCACUAGAAAGAAAUGACAGCUUGAAGCAUGUUGCUACUGAGACACAAAGAGAGGGGAGGACAGAGACUGUCAUAAUACCAGUUAUGGCAGUGGAAGUGGUGGUGAUGUGUGUGUGUAAAUGUCUGAAAAAGCAGUAAGAUUGUUACCCACGUUAAACAACUCAAGAUGUUGGGAGCGUUUGUGCUUUGCAAAUACAGGUGGAGACAGAACAGGGUUUUGUGUUGAAGUCCCUUCAACCUUUCCUUGUCUUUCUUGUGCUGGUGACCAUGGGCCUGGAUGCAUUACUCCAGAUGGGGCCUCAUGAGGGCAGAAGGGAACAGUAACCUCCCUUGCUCUGCUGGCCACCUCUCUUUUGAUGCAGCCAAGGAAACAGUUGGUUUCCUGUGCUGGGUUGGAAUUAGCUCAUCUUUGAGGUCCCUUCCAACCCAGGCUGUUCUAUGAUCCCCAUGGCCCGCUCUGCCUCCAGGUUUAGCCUCUUUAAUGAGCUCUCCUGCAUCAGUGAGGACCAGAUCCAGAAAUACUUCACCCACUGCUGGUCUGUGUAAUAUCUGGACCAGGAAGUUAUGCUGAGUACACUCUAGGAGUCUUGUGGAUUGCUUACAACCUGCUGUCUUGUUUUCCCAGCAGACAUUGAGGCGGCAGUUGAGGUGCCCCAACUGGAUGAGAUACUUCAAACACAAUGCUUCUUGUAGACGAUGUGAGAAGGCCUCAUCAAGAGGCUUCCCUUGAUCAGGAGCCUGUAGAAGACACCAACCACCAGAUGCCCUUUAUUGUUCUGGUCUUAAAUUUUAACCCCACAAGCUCUCAACUUGUCCAUGGUUGUUUUUCAGAGGCAGCUCUUUGCCAUCUAUCCAUUUCUUAACGUAGACGGCAACUCCUUCACCCCUCCUUCCCUGCUUACCUCUUCCAAAAAACUUGUAGCCCUCAAUUUUAGUGUUGCACUUGGGUGAUUCGUCUCACCACGUUUCUGUGAUAGCUAUUAAGCCAUGUUUUUCUAAUUGCACCAUGGCUUCCAUCCUACUUAUUUCCCAUGCCGUGAGCAUUGGAGUGGACUUCAGCUUCUUCUCAGAUUCCUCUGAGACAAAUCUGAGGGGCUGAUUACUAGCUCUCCCAUGUCACAGGUUGGACAUGCCUGAUCUAUACUUUCUUGCUUUUGAUCCUUUUAUGCAAGGUCUGCGUGUGGAAAUAACCUCUGCAAGGCUUGUAGAAUUCUGUCUAGUGUUUCUGAGAAGUGGCUUAAUAACGGGUAAUGGUACUUGUGCAGGGGAAGCCACUGCACUUGUGAUGCUGGAACGGUUUUCUGCAUAGCCCUAAGAAAAUCUUCUAUUUUAAUACAUGACUUUAAUACUCUCUCUGAGAUGAGUGUCAGUGAAGGGCACACAGGCGUAUCAGCACCACAGGGUCCAACAGGUACUUCAGCUAGCUCAUCAAGAAGAGUGCCCAACCGUGGAUGUGAAUCUUGAAAAUUUCCUUCUAGCCUCUUCACCUGGCAAAAGUACAGCUCUGAUCAUUCAGGUCGUCAUAAAGUACGAGCUCUGGAAUCCAGUCUGCUGAUGCCUUUGUUUACUGCAAUCUCCCUUCUGCUGUAUCCGCCAUACAUAAGUGCCAGAAAUGUUAGUAAAACUGAGCUAUGAAUUUGAUCUUGCUUACUGGACUGGACAGAGCAAGAUCAUCUGUCUCGUCAAAGAAAAUAAUUCAAGGUCUCAUCCAAGAGGCCUAUAAACAAAGCUGUUGUUCGGAUUCUCCUACCCAUUUACUUGGGUGGUUGGCAUCUUUUCUCCUAAAAAAGGCUAUUUUCUUGUCACCUUGGCUAUACCUGUUAGUGCCAGCGAAAAUCUUCAGCAGAAGCUGGAGCAAGACUCUUGGUUCCCCGGUAUCUUACCCCCCAAAGCUUAGCUGGCCAGUUCACUUCUGGUGAAGAUUGGAAUAUUAAUGGAAAAAUAUGCAAGUUGUACUUGCAGGACUGAUCUAGAACACUGGUGGAAGUGCUCAACUUGCAUACAAUACUGGAGAUCCUACCUACCUCAGAGUUACCUGUUCUGGUUCUUGCUGCACUAAGGCAGUGGUGGAGAAGGGUUUGAAAUGUGCAGACAGAGGUUCCCUCUGCUGCAUAUAGGUGAGGGGAAGGGUAAGAUGCAUGCUUAGUCCCGUGAGCAGCCUUUUUAUCCUGUUUUCUGCAUUGCUUUUCUGAGAUUAAUACAGGUAAGGACUUGCUGUGUGCUGGUGGUAAUGCCUUAAAGAAGACAUGUCAGUUCCAGGGUAGAUCAGUGAGGCAGGAUUGGCUGCAGGCACCCAGUGGCUUUCUUCCUUUCUUGCUGGAGAGCUGCUAAGAUGAAACAGUGAUCCACUUGAUCCUAGACAUCUGUGUUUUGUAACUCCACUGCUGCACAACUUGAUGCCUUUCAUCGCAAAGCCUGGUGCUUCUCAACACAGCCACAUCUCUGCUUCGCAGUGGUUGGCUCACUGAUGUUCUCUGACAUGCCUCUUCAGCAAAGCAUCUCUGUGAGAAAGACCAGCUGAGUUACCAGGGCUGGGCCCAUCAGCCUAACUGUGUUUGGACUACAUGGGUAGUGUGGAUGCUAACUCCAGCAGAACAGGAAAGGAUGUUUCUUAAAAGGCUUUUGUUGCUGAAGACUAAAUGCUGCUGUCACAUCCAUGACAGUGCUGCCUGCAUCUCCUUGCAUGUCUGGGUCGCUGGGUACCAUAAGGGUUUCCCAGGGUAAGGUGUUCAUGCAGUUCUGAAGUCGCUGGGGCUGGUGAGCCUAUUCUAUGUGUAUCUGACUAUAUAGCAGAAAGUAUUUUCACUGUUGCUGUUGUCAUGUGGUUGCUUUGGAUCAAUUGCUCUUGAUAACAGUAGAAGACUUUAAUCUCCUAGAGUCCUUUGCAGUCCAUAUUUGUUGUUCAUAAAUGCUUUGAGGCACCGGAUAAGUCUACGUUGAUUCUUCUAAUUGAUAUUUUCCUGCUGUUUCUUGUCCAGAAGCCUUUCCAAGGCAUUCAGCAGAAGUCCAAGGCCUUCAUGUCCAAAACUGUCAGCCUAGCUGGUUAAAGACACACUCAGAGACUCAGGACAGUUAAGAAGCUUUUCUUCAGCUGUUCCAGAUUGCAGUUCAUGAAUUGCUGGGGACAGGGCACACUCAUGUUUACUGUUUUUCAGUCCACCAGAUUUGGCAGGUGCAGUAAGGUACUUGUCAGCCAUCUCACGUUUUGUGGACAAAUCCUUGUCUCUUAAAGGAGCUUUAGAGAGAUUCAUGUCUUCCAUCAUUUUCUCAAAAAGAUCUGUAACUUCUUCUUCUGAUAACGUCAUGCAGCGUUCGACAACAAGUGCCUGGCAAGUGGAAUUUCGCUUACGGUACGUUGAGUGUCAAUAGGAUGCUGAAUUAGAGGUUCCUUUUCUCUCACUGCUGAUUUCCUGAAGCAUGUAAUUCUGUCACGCAGCUUAGGUCUGUUCUGGAACUCAUCUUCCAAGGAACACCCACUCCAUUUUGUGUUCAUCCUGCUAGGGCCCAGAGGGGCUAUGGAUGCUCCAUCCCUGGAGAUCUUCAAGGCCAGGUUGGAUGGGGCAGCAUGGUCUAGUAUUAGAUAUGGAGGUUGGUGGCUCUGCGUGUGUUGGGGGGGUUGGAGCUUGGUGAUCCUUGGGGUCCCUUCCACCCUGAGCCAUGCCAUCAUUCUGUGAUCUGAGUAGAUGGCUCAGCUGAAACUGUGACUCUGGUUUGAUGAAUUAGUUGAAGUUUUUGCAGCACAUAUGGUAGAAAGAUGUUUUCUGCCAGUUUCUUUUUUAUUGUUUAAUAUCUUCAAGCCAUUUUCUUAUGUAUUAUUUUAAUUUUAUGAAAUGGGACUUGCAGGCCUGGGGGCAGGGAGGAAGAAGCUAUAGGAACGCAUUUUAUUUGGCAUUGCUGGCACAUUUAUUAAGCUUUGAAGAACGACAAAUUUUCCCACACUGAUAGAAGCACAGUGUUUCUCUGCUCUGUUGGCCAGAGCCAAAAUGCAUGAUGUUUGUGCACAAACUCUGUAGAAAUCUGUGGGGCUUUUGCUGGAGUAUGUGUAGGAGGCUGCAGAACUACUUUUAACAGAUCUGUGCAGGUAGGUUACUGUAGGCGAGAACUCUUGCUAGGAUGUGUUGUUGUCAGACCAAGAAUAAGGCUUUUGCACAGCAAUGCUUUUGCCUGGCAAGUCUUCCUAUGGGUCGGGAUCCUAGCAGGGAUGUCGGAUGGGAUUGUCCUGGGUCCUCUGCUCUGCGUGCCUGGGAGGUGCGUAUCCCCAGGGGGAAUUACUCUAGGAGCAACAGAGAGGCUUCAGGCUGUGCUCAGUCUAAGUUUGGAGUCAGGAUAUUGAUGUUUGUUAGCAGCUUUCUGAGGACACGGUGUUUAGCCUUGCAUUUAUGCCUAUGCAUAUGUUAGGGGUGGCAUUAAUCAAAACAAUCUGCAGCAUAACGAAAUUGGAUGGACGGGGUCAUCUUGAUAAAGCAGCAAAGAAAGGGGAUUUGACUUGUUUCCAGUGAGAAUCUGGACGUGCACUUUUAAAGUCAUGAAAAUGUGGGGAUUAGAAGAGAGGACUCUCAUUUACUGAUUAGUUUGGCUAUUUCAGGCCAAACUCAGGAUUUGCAUCAGAUCCCUGAAAGUGAUGUUUUUAUUCAAAUACACAAAUGGGGUAGAAUGAUGCUAAACCAUUCUCCAGUGCUCAGUUUUUGAGACUCUUAUUUCACAAUUGGUGGCCUUAAGUUCAACUUAACUGCAUGGCGGUGGGGGGGGAUCAGUCUUUUCUAAGAAACAUGGGGAUUCAUUUGAGAAGCAGCACCUCUAACUAACUGACUCGGCAGAUGUUGGUUUAAAAAAAAGUACACUUUGCAUUUAUCUAAUGUAGCCAUGUUUCUGAAUAGUAGAAGUUCUUGUUAAACUAGUUGCUCCUCUACAGCUACUUGAGAUCAUUUUGGGAAAAAAAUAAAGUAUUUUUCUAAUACUUCUGUAA